AUGAUUACGGGAAAGACGGGCAUCGGCCGCGGCCUAGUCGAGAAGCUUCUCGCCCGCGGCAACACCGUCAUCGCAACCACCAGGUCCGCAGACGCGCCGUCGUCGGAGCCGCUGCGCCGCUUGGCGGCGGAGCACCCGGCGCGGCUGGUUGUCACCGAGCUCGACACGGCCAGCCAGGGUUCGGUGGAGGCGUGGGCGGCGGCGCUGAAGGACCAACACAAAAUCAAGCACGUUGAUCUUCUGAUCAACAACGCUGGAAUCUACUCCGGCGAUGGCCGCCGCCCCAAGCUGGAAGAGUUCACGGCGGCCGACUUCCUUCCAGUUUUCAUGACCAACAGCGUCGGGCCCUUCCUAGUGAUCCAGCAGCUGCUCGCACGGCAGCUGCUAGGGCCGCCCGGCAGCUUGGUGGUCAACGUGAGCUCUAUAAUGGGCUCCAACUCAGACCCCACAGUCAGCGCGGUCACGCCGGGCGCAUAUGCUUACAGGGCGUCCAAGGCGGCCCUCAACUCGGUGACUACUACGCUCGCGCGCGACUUUGAGCGCGACGGCCGGCAGAUCCAGUGCUGCCUGGUGCACCCAGGCUAUGUCAAGACGGACAUGACCAGCGGCCAGGGCUGGGUGGAGGUGGAGGAAAGCGCAGCAGGCAUUCUCAAGGUGCUGGAGGAUGGGCGGCCGCUCAACGGGCGGUGGUACUCCUUCAACGGCGACGAGAUUCCCUGGUGA